AACUGGGUGGAAAUUGGGACUGGAGCGGGGCGAAGUGUGGUUAAAAUGGGCUGGGAGGGGAUAACAUUUGACUAAAGUUGCCCAAAAUGGGCAGGAAUGGGGUAAAAUGGGGUGGGAGUGGGUUUAAAAUGGGUUUGGAAUGGGGUGAAUUGGGAUGAAGCUGGGGUGGAAUGGGGCAAAAUGGGGUGAGAAGGGCGGAACUGGAAUAAAACUGGAGUGAAAUGGGGUGGGGUGGAAUGGUCGGAGUGGGUGUUCCGCGGGCUCAGGCGGUGCUGGAAGGGUUAAACCGGGGCUGCCGAGCGCCCCGAGCUGAGCCGGGGGUGCCCCCCCUGUGCCCCCAGCGCUCCCCAGCCCCCAGCGCCACGGCCGCCCCCAAGCCCGGCACCCCGCAGGAGGUGCAGCAGCUGCCCCCGGUGCAGCACGUGUUCCCCACCCCCGUGUCCUACGUGGAGGGGGGGGAUGGCUCGUACCCCCCCGGUGCCAUCCGCUCGGGCUCGUUCCCGUUCGCCGAGACGCCGCUGUUCGGGCAGAACUCGGGGGGCUACUUCGAGGGGGCCGGGGGGGCCGCGGUGCAGCCCAGCCCCCCCCCGCCGCCCCCCCCGGCCAGCUCGCAGGCCCCCCCCGCCAGCACC